GCGAAAGCCGUUGCCCAGGCCAGGCCAGGCCAGGCCAGGCCGGGGAGGACAAGCCUAGCCCGAGAGCCCUGUCACCGCCCCCCCCAUCCGGCAGCCCAGCCCACCGUCCCCUGUCGAGCCGGCGGCGGCGGCGGUGAUGAUGAUGACGAUGAGGCAGCAGAAGCAAUGCUCGACCCGGCCAGCCAAAGCGGUAGGUACCUGAGCGGUACAAGCUGCGCCUUCAGCCUUGGCCCGCCCGACAGACAGGGGGGGAGGGGAGGAGGGGGGUUCACCCAGGAGGACCCCUCCCCUUUCGGCUCAGCAGGUCUGUUCCCAUCUUGCACUACUGCCGCCAUUGAAGUCACUACCUACGUACUACGUACUGUACAUACUGCUGUGGUGCUCGUCGCUCACAGGCACGCAGGCGCGCACCCCCUCCCCUCCCCUCCACUCCCCUUCUCCUCGUCCGCCCGCCGCGUUUCCUGCUAGGCAAGGCCAGCCGUUGCCCGCGCGCCGCCCCAGGUCCAAUUGCCCCACGCACGGCCCAAUGUCGUGUCCCCGGUCCUGGGGUUUUGGUUUGGGUGGUGGGAGCCAACUUCGCCGCAUCGUCUUGCUUUGUCGCAGGCCAGGCCCAAGUUUCUGUUGUAAGAGGUCAAGAUCUGGCUCCAGGUCACCGCCCCGUUCCUAAUCUGGUGCUAAACUUUUGCCCAAAGGGUACCAAGAAUAUGGGGCCGGUCACUCGGUAUGCCGGGGGGAAGGGGGGGGUGCGCGCCCAGCAUCACGCUCUUCCUUUUCUUGUCACUUUUCUUUGGCUUGCUCGCUGGGCUGGACGAGUAUCGACUCAUCAGUCAGUCACUCAGUCACUCAAGGUGGUCACCGUUCCCUUUGCUCGCCAAAGUCGAUUGGCUCCCGCUUGCGGUGCCUUUGGCCACAGCUUGCCCUGGCACAGACGCCUAUCCCAAGCUAGCCGCUCUUGCGUUGCGCCAGUGUCACCAUGAGGAGACAGACGUCGCCCGCGGCAAGCCGCCACGACAAAGAUGGCAGCCAAACGCACCCCUUCCCGACCAAGCAGAUGUUUGUGCUCGCGUGUUGCAGGAUAUGUGAACCAAUCGCCUUCAUGUCCAUCUUCCCCUACAUCUACUACAUGAUCGAGGACUUCCACAUCACCGACGACUCCAGCAAAAUCUCCGUCUACGCCGGCAUGGUCACGUCCGCCUUCACGCUGGCCGAGUUUGCUACCGGUGUCAUGUGGGGUCGGCUCAGCGACAAGAUUGGACGCAAGCCGGUCCUUCUGACGGGCCUCUUGGGCACGGCGCUGAGCGUCCUCGUCUUCGGCUUCGCCCCGAGCCUGCCGGUGGCCCUGUUUGCGCGGGCCCUGGGUGGCCUCUUGAACGGGAACAUCGGAGUGCUCCAGACGACGGUUGCUGAGUUGGUCACAUUCAAAGAGCAGCAGCCUCGGGCCUACACCAUCAUGCCCAUGGUCUGGUGCAUUGGAUCCAUCAUUGGGCCCAUGAUUGGCGGAGCCCUGGCGCGACCCUGCAUCAGCUACCCCGACUUGUUCCCCCGCGGCACCAUCUGGGAUCGGUACCCCUACCUGCUGCCCAACCUCUUCAGCGCCGCGACCGUCUUCGUUGGUCUCGUGAUCGGCUUGUUGUUCCUCGAGGAGACGCAUGUGGAGAAGAAGCUCCAGAGAGACCGUGGCCGCGAGCUGGGAACCCGGGUCACGUCCCUAUUCCAGCGAGCCGCGGUGUGCCAGUGCCGCGGACGGCCCGCGGAGAAGCAGGCCCUGCUCGCGAGCGACGGCUUGACCGGCUACGAUACGUCGGAUGUGGCCUGCUCGGCGCGCAUAACCAUGAUAGAUGUCGACGAGCCGCUGCCCAAGUACCAAAGCUGGGAGAACUCUCCUAAGCUGGCUCCCCAGACCGAUGCAGGCGAGCCCAUGGGCAUCUCUGCCGCCGCGAGACCCAAGACGAAGGUCUUCACCAAGCCUGUCAUCAUGAACAUCAUCUCAUACGGCAUCCUCGCCUUUCACACCAUGACUUUUGACCAGCUCUUCCCGGUAUUUCUCAGCACCUCCCCGCCAGAGCAUCGCGUUGUCGAGCUGCCCUUCAAGUUUGUCGACGGCUUCGGGCUCGAGACCAAGACCAUCGGUGUCAUCAUGUCUAUCCAAGGAGUAUACUCGCUCCUCUCCAACUACUUCAUCGUCCCGUCGGUGAUGCGACGGCUAGGGUCGCUUCGCCUGUUCCGGCUCUUAGCCUUUUCGUACUUUUCGCUCUAUCUCGUAACUCCUUACCUCGUCCUGCUCCCGGGAAACUUGCGCAUGCCGGCAGUCUACCUGCUGGUCAUCUGGAAGUGCACCUACGCGACCAUGGCGUAUCCGAGCAAUGCUAUUCUCCUCGCCAACGCGGCGCAGUCCAAGCAGGUGCUCGGAACCAUCAACGGCAUCGCCGCGUCCACGGCGAGCCUGUGCCGAGCACUCGGCCCUACGCUCUCCGGCUUUCUCUAUGCCAUCGGGCUGCAGUCAGGCUACACGGGACUGGCUUGGUGGUUUAGCGGCUUGAUCACGAUUGUCGGAGCCUACCUGAGCUCGCAAAUCACCGAAGGCGAGAUGCAGGACGCCCCCACUGGGACCCAGGAGCAGUCGCUGCUUGACUCGUCCCUCCUUUACGAUGAGGACGAGGCCGUAUAGUCGGUCGACGUUCAGUUUAUGCGACGACGACACGAGAGAAAAGUACAAACACGCUAUUCGCAACGAUUCCCGCAUCUUCUCAUCCUUUAUUCUGUCGAUUUAUAUCCGGUUUAAUUCAUGACUUGGGCACAUAAUACCCCCUUUUUCUUCGAUUCGCCUGCGGCAGCUGGGAAGGCGUUGAUUCGGCAAUUAGAGGGGAACUGAGUUUUCGUGCUUCUGUUUGUCACUUUUUACAUGUUGGGUUUUUCUUCCUUUCUUAAUUUUGGGUUGUACCUGCAUAGACUACAUCUUGGCCGGCCAGGCGGAUUGGCAGGGCGUCGUCGAGCCAGGACGCAUUACGAUUCCUGUCUCCUGAGACUCGACUGAUUUUAUCGCUUUGGAUGGGCUUGCUUUGGGGCAUUAUUAGGAAGAUUAAGAAGAAGAAGAAGAAGAACGACAAAGGGCGGUGGCGACACUGCAUCAAGCGGGAAGAGGAGGGGACAUGGGGGAAUCCGGACGGACGGACGGGCGCCAACGACGACGCUGACCAGGCGCAUCUGAUGCGAGCCAUAAACUGUAACGUCGGAUACCGAGCC